GAAAUCGUCCGAUCGUCGUCGUUGGUGGGCCUCCCUAUGCCGCUUGCUCAGAUAUCCCUCUCCUCUGCCUAAGCGAAUCAACGACGGUAGUCUUCGCACUCAUCAGUCUCCUGCCUGAAACGCUUUAGUUUCGUUUGUUGAAACUCGAUGGAAGAACAAGAGGUGAACCACAGCUGCGAAAAUGGGAGAAGAAAUGGAGAAGCAGAACAAGGAGACAGCGUAUUGCAAUUUAUGGAUUCAAUCGACAGUUAUCUCUGCCUCAUGGAUUCCCUAUCUUCCACACUUCGUCAGGGAUGGCUGGAACUUGCUAGUGCUCGGCACUCGAUGGGUAUUUCACGCGUCACCAGUGCAUUGUUUGACCUCAAACCACACUCUGCUGCCACUACAACACAAGUGAAUCCUUGUGGGUUUGAAUAUCCUACUCCAGAUGACCCUAUGGUGAGACAACCACAUUUUACUCUAUCCAAAUGGUCAUCUUUCAAUGCUGGAAAGUGCUCCUUUGGUGAAGUAGCAGCUGAGAAGGAAGAGUUCCAGAAUAAACCACAGAAUCCACAACUACGACAUCGGAGUCCAUCCCAAUUCCCUGAUUUCCCAGAGGCGCACACAACUAGCAAAGGAGCUCCUCUUAGUGCUGAUGAUGAAUUAGCUUGUGUUGACACACCCCAACAAAAUGGGGCAACUGAGAGGAAAAACUGCCAUUUGUUGGAGGUCAGUAGGAGUCUUCUCUUUGGCAUGCAUGUUCCUAAAACUUUUUGCUCUGAUACCAAGUUGAAAUAUGUGAAUGGAGAGGAACAAUGAGAUGUGUGAUGAGGA